ACUCAAUUCUCAAUUUUGCCGGACUUCAGAUUUCAGCAGAGAACAGAAUUUUGGAGUGAUUGGAAUUUUCUUACACAUUUCCAGAAAGAGGAUCCGAUAUUGUGAUUUGGGGUGCCCCGUACGAGGCUAGCACAGACCCGCGCAAGACAUUCUUUGCGAUGUUGCCAGACUGUGCAUGCAGCCAGUCUGUGGAAGGUGGAAGCAACAGAGCAACAGUGCUGUGCAGAUAGUGAGUGAGCUCGUUUCCAAGGAUGGCAGUUCGUUAUUGACAGCAGAUCUGGAUAGUUCGUUAGUCGGGGCUGGAAUCCUUGACUACAUAAAUCUGCAGUAUUGAAGCGCUAUUAAUGCGCUCUAAGAAGAGGAUCAAGAUAAAAACAUGGGAACAUCAACCGGCAUUGUAUUAGUGCAUGAUAAAUUCUCAGCAGGGCUGCCACUCUUCACAAAUACAUAGGAGAACUUUUAAAAAUCGAGUAGAACUUUUUCAAAUUCUCCUAUUAAAAUUGUCAGUUUUGUUUUAUUGAGCAAAAUCAUUUAGUUGAAUUUCGAUGGGUGAUCAUUGUGAUACUUCUAAUCCUUUGAACAGUGGAAGUGUCAAGGAGGUGGAAAAUAAUAGGACAGUUAUUAAUUCUUCAGAAAAUGUUGAUAAGGACGUUUCUAAUUCUGAGCGGUGCAACUCAAUACAGGGUGCUGACCAGUGUGCGGAUCUAGGUGGACCAACUCUUCAAACCUCGACGAAUAUUGACAUUUCUAUUGACAAAGAAAAGCACAACUCCAGUUCAACUGACUCCAAUCAGGUAAAAUCCAACACAAAAGGCUUACAGCUACAGACCAAAAAUUCCAAUAAAACAGAGGCCUUCAAAAGCCAAGGAAAUUCUAAAUUUUUUGAAUAUCAAGAUUCGACACAACCCAAAAAUCACAAUAAAGAAUUGCACAGUAAUAACAACACGAAUACUUCUCCCAACACAAAUUCUGUUGAAUCGACAACUUUUAACGAUGUUUCAAGUGUUGAGCCGAAUUCAGGUGGCAGUGAUGUUUCUAAGACUAGUUUGGAGAGUGGCAAGUUACGCGGUAAAAAUAUUUGUGUGAAAUCUGAGAGUCGUCAUCCAAAUUCAAUCACAUCCCUUGCAACUUCGUCACAUGAGACGCUCACAUCCUGUGACGACUUCCCGGUUGACUUUGAUUUUGAAGAAGCCAGCAGGCAAACAGAUGUUGUGAAAGUAGCUGGUAUACAAGAAAUACCAUUCAACCAGUCCAUGGAGUUCAAAACCAGUGACGAUGUGCUUCUGUUGAAGAAGAGUCACAAUUCACACAGCAAGGAGAUUGCUCAAGAUUGUGUGGAAGUUGAGAUUGGCGUCAGCGAUCCCGAUGUCAAAAUUGGGUUCGACAAUGUAAAUCUUAUGGGAGAAGAGUUGCAGUGUACACUGGAAACAAUUGGGAACAAUCCACCUAUGUAUACCGAAACUGUGAUAACAUCUGAGUGUACUAAUGAUUACGGUUUUGAGUUGAAGACGUCGGGGUACGAACCAGAGAUUCCAUACAAUUUGCUGUCAUGUAGGUUAGGUGAUGAGAACAGUGCUGCCACCAACUCACAACAAUCAGCUAAAGAGACCAGUAACUACAACGGAGCACCCGGAGCUGAGAAUCUACAGAGCUACACAGACAGGACGGAGGAGACGUUGCUUGGUGAUAGAUCGGAUGGCAGCGACUCUGGCUUGGGCUCCGAUUUGUCGGAUGAACGGCUGGCGGUGAGAACGGACUCGUUGUCGUCAGAGGAGCUGAAUGUGGUUGCGAAGGGAGCACCUGAAAGUGGUCAGGCGAGUGGGGAGUGGGACACUGCUCGUGCAUUGUCGGAGGCUGACUUUGGCUACAUCCAACCGAAAACGGAGGCCGGGUUUCUGUCAGCUGACUACAGUCAAUUGGCCGUGCCUUCAGCCAGUCAUCAGCCGCGAGUCAUGAAGAGCAGUCUGAAGCGUGCCAGGAGUGAGCCGGAGACGGAAAGCGCCGCCGGCCCCUCGCAGAAAAAGCAGAAGAAGUCAAUCGGAUUCAACAAUGUGUCCGUCUUCUACUUCCCCAGAGCUCAGGGCUUCACGUGUGUUCCAUCUCAGGGAGGAUCCACACUGGGCAUGUCGUGGACGCACUCGCAUGCGCAGACGUUCUCGCUGGUGGAGCACGCUGUUGAACAGAGACGGGUGCACCGGCACCUUCUCUCUCAGCUGCGAAGCAACACUGGUAGCACCGCCAACAACGCUCUGUCCUCUUCUAGCGACUCUGACACCGACGAUCAGCGCAGUGAAUCCGACUUGGAUAUGGACAAUUACUACUUUCUGCAGCCGGUAACGACAAGACAAAGAAGAGCUCUACUGAGAGCUGCUGGUGUUCAUAAAAUCGACACUUUGGAAAAGGACGAGUGCAGAGACAUCAGGACAUCCAGAGAGUUCUGCGGCUGCUCGUGCAAGGUCUACUGCGACCCAGACACCUGCGAUUGCUCUCAAGCUGGAAUCAAGUGUCAGGUGGACAGAUUGAAUUUUCCGUGCGGCUGCUCGCGCGACGGCUGCGCCAACUCGAGUGGUCGCAUUGAAUUCAAUCCGGUCCGAGUGAGAACUCACUUCAUUCAUACUCUGAUGAGACUUGAGCUGGAGAAGAAGCAGGAUCAGCAGGAAGAGGUCGCCAGAAGACUGGAGGUGACCCACGAGACGGGACCCGUUGACUCGGCGUGUGUGCACAACGGCACUUUCGCCAACUUCCAUUACCACGACGAUCUCUACGGCGGAUACGGCGCAGGCUACGACAAUCCACCGCAGCCGCCGCCGCCGGCCACCGCCGCAGACGCGUUCGGCUACAACUACACAGGCCACUACCCGCCGGCGGCGCUCGGCUACGACCAACCGGACGCCGGCGAGCUGGUGACGCCGGGGCUUGACUUUCAGCAUCCAGUCGCAGCCUCCUACGAGACGGGAUUCGCCACGCCCACCAUGAGUUUCCCGCCAAUCGAGCAGGGCGCCCGGUACCCGUCUGCCGACCCAAAGGGCCUCGACUCGUUCACCGAUCUGCUGCAAGGUCGUUAUGCGGACUCCUCGCUGCUGGACGGGGACGUGACUCUGGAGGCCGAGCGCCGUGUGUCGGACAACCAGGCGGCCGACAAACCGGACGAGUGUGAGGUGGAGAAUUUCGGCGAGAUCAUCAAAAAAACAAUGGUGGAAAGUGUGACUGCCUAGACUAGUACCCAAUACUGUUCCUCUCCCUACAAUCACUGGGUUGCAUCAAGCGUGGUCGACUAGAAAGUGGGUAAUAAGAUCAAGUGAGAUGUGAUUGUAAAUAUGUUUGAUCUGUGCUUGAGUAGGUAUGUUUAGAAGGUGGUGUAAAUAAGUUUGAUCUAUGCUUAAGUAGGUAUGGUUACAAGUUGAUGAUGUUGGAUUCAUAAUAUGACGGUAUAAGCUGAGGUCGAUAUGAUAUGAAGAAAGAAAGAGGGAAGAUAUGAGAUUCAUAAGGGUGUGAUAUGAGACACAUAAGCUGCUGAUAUGAUAUUCUCAAGGUGGCAAAAUGAUGAGAUACUUGAGGCUAAGAUAUGAUAUUUUUGAGGUGAAUAGAAGGUUAUAUAAAAUUCAAAUGGUGAUGAUUUGAGAUUUAAAAGCUGAUUUAAUGUGGGGUGAAAUGAUGAGAUUUAUAUGGUGAUGAUAUGUGAUUAUUAUGGUAAAUAUAUAACAUUCUUGAGGUGAAUAGAAAGUGAAUAUGAAUUCAUAUGGUGGAGAUUUGAGAUUUAAAUGGUGAUACGAUUUGUGGUUAUAUGAUGAGAUUUAAUGAGGCCAGUCAGAAGCUGAUGAUUUGAGAUUCGUAAGGAGAUGAUAUGAUAUUGAUAAGUGGUCAAGAUGAGGAGAACGAGUAAAUAUUGUCACUUCCAUAGAUUUCAAUUGCGAUCGUCGCAAUGUUAAGUAUCAGGUGGGAAGAUGAAUGAUAGAAAUAUUGUUUAUCAGCUCGUCAGUUUUACAAUCAAGUAAUGAUUUUGAUAAGAAUUGAAGAUGAUUUGAGAUGAAGAAAAUAUAACAAUGUAGGAAUUAUUGUUGUCAGUUCCACAAAUGAUUGAUGAUUUUGAAAAUCCAAGUAUCAGCUGGUUGAGAUAAGAUGGAUGAAGAAUAUUGGCGGGUCCACAAAUUAUUUAUUAUCUAGAAACUCCAGUACUAGGGUUUAAAUUUAUGCUCAUGGUGACAUCUACAUUUCUUGGUUCACUUUCAACUUACCAGAUGUAUGUUUGAUGGUUAAGCUCAUACUCGAAUUUAGGCUCAUGUUCAAUACUCGAAACUCGAUAGAACGAAUCUCAAGGAAUGGCAAACUAGCAUUGACCAUGUUUUCCUAAAAAAACCUCUAUGAGACAAAUCUAUAAAAAAAACAAGAAAAGUUCGUCUUGUAGUAAGGAGGUUUGUCUUAUCGAUGUUUUUUUUUAAUAAUUUAGAAAUCUUUUAUGGCUCUAGAAUAAGCUUUCAUGGUUAUUCUAAGCUAGAAACUGAGUAUUCCGUGGCCAACCUCUUUGAUGCCAACUACCGUUUUCUGAAGUUAAUUUUGCGAUGAAUACAAUUAGAUUGAAAAUACACUAUUGUAUACCUAUGCAAUUUAGCAAUCCAAGCUAUCACUGAAUCUGAAAACCCUGAACAUGCGUGUGAGACUCAGUGUGUUUUAAGAACUACUUGUUAUGGAAGUGCCGCUUGAAAACUCCUACAGGUUUCAAUAGUGUUCAUAGGUCCUACCUAUGGCAACUAAUUUUCACGAAUUUUCUAAUGUUAACACAGGACCACUAAUUAUCAUUGUUGACAAUAUUAUCGUCCUAUCGAGGUUCCUAGUAAAGAGUUCACUGUAUUCUAGUUUCGAUAUUCGUCUGCUAUUGGCGGUUGAGCCUAAACUCACUAUUUAUGAGUUUAGUGUUUUCACCUGUACUAGAAUUCAAGCUCUUCUACCAAUUCAUGUUUGGUGACAGGUUAGGUGGAAUGCUUUAUCCAUGAGUAUUGAAACUUUGAAUUGGUUUUCAAAAUUGGAACCAAACUCACCAUUGUUAAUGAGUUUGGUGGUUGAGCCUAUACUCUAGUUGAAGCUCUAACCCAACUGAAGAUGAUACCAUAAGCUUGAAAAUUCAAUUAAAUAAACCCAAAUAUUUGUAAACAUUCAAUUCAUUUAUUUUAGAGAAAUUCCACGAGAUUUAUGAAUAAAGUGUAAUGUCUUUUAUUUAUCCGCAUUGAUGCAACCUAGCAUAAACAAUUUACAUGUAAAAAGUACCCCUAGUAGUUGAAUGAAUGAAUGAUUCUUGUUGUAUUUAUAUAUGUUGUAAAUUUUUUAUUGUCUACAUGAUUUUACAGAACGUUUGUAGUUAAGUUUGUAACAGGCGAUAUAAAAUAUCGUCCUAUGUAAAAUAGACUAUUUAAACAGCCCCUGUUACCAUGUUCCGUUGUUAAGUUUUUUUUACGACGGUUGUUAUUCUUUUCACUUGCACGGUUAUAUUUUCACUUUGCAACAAUGCAAAUUGUAUUCGCAUUAUAUUAUAUUGCAGACAAAUUGUGAUUUCUAUGACAGUUCGAGUCAAUUAAUGACCAUUCACACAAGAACUAUGUAGUCAAAGACCUUUCAUUAGUUAUCUAUCAUGAUCUACCAAAUUUUGUAUUUAUUUUACAUCUAAUAAUAUAAAAGUAUCUUAAUAUAAAUUAUGUUAAUAAUAAUUAAAUCGGAUAAAAUACCUGUACAACUCAUAUUUGAGAAAGCCGAAUUUUAAAGAAACAAUUUUAGAAACACAAUAAAUUAUUAUAUACAUGGA